AUUGCUUGGGAUGGUCUUGAAUUCCUAUACGAAUCAAAACUAUUGUUACGUCUUUAGUCCAGUCACUCGAUGGAAUCCAUAGUGGUUGUGCAAUUUCAUCUAUUAUGUCUCAUUUACGCGUUAAUCCAAACAUUGAAUGACAAAGAAAACACUUCCCCUGAAAUUGUUAGUGUUGCUUUUGCAAUUCUUUCACUUCUCUUCUUGUCCUCACUAGCUGCAUUUCCUCUCAUUCGACAUCUCCAUCACAAUUUCUUCAAGAGAAUUCAUCAUUUCGUUGGAUGGAUAGCAUUAGCACUUCUAUGGAUUUUCAUUACCUUAACAGUUUCUUAUGAUCCUAAAACUAAGUCUUACAACAACGCGAAAAUUUGCUCCAAGCUGAUCAAACAACAAGAAUUUUUGUUUAAAUUGGCUAUCACUGUGCUAAUAAUCAUCCCCUGGAUAACCGUGAGACAUGUUCCAGUUAAGGUCACGUCUCCAUCAGGACAUGCAACGAUUAUAAAAUUCGAGGCCGGAGUCAAAGCGGGAAUUUUAGGACGAAUUAGUCCUUCUCCCCUCUCUGAAUGGAUGCGUUUGGGAUCAUUUCUGAUGGGAAGGCAGAGCACAUGAUGUUGGCAGGCGCGGUUGGUGACUUCACGAAAACCUUAGUGUCAAAUCCCCCGAGCCAUUUAUGGGUACGACAAGUUCAUUUUGCGGGCUUGCCUUAUUUAGUAAACAUGUACAACAGGGUUCUAGUGGUUGCAACAGGGUCCGGAAUUUGUGUAACGUGUGUUUUCUCUGGGGGAGAAAAGGGGUGGAACAAAAUUACGGUAAGGAAAUAAAAGACAUGUUAAGCGGCCAUCCAGAAGAGAAAGUGAUUAUACAUGAUACGACCUUGCUAGGACGUCCAAACGUAUCAGAAAUGAGCGUUGACGCAGCGCAAAAAUGGGGAGCUGAAGUAGUUAUUGUUACUAGCAAUCCAGAAGGGAGUAGUUUUGUGAGCUUUUAUUUCUAAUAGUUUUGGA